UAUCGUUGAUUCUAAUUGGAUCACAGUGUCGCCUUUCAGCCAAUAGACAUACGCCUUGUUUGACUGCCGUUCACAUUAUUUUCAUAGAAACCCGUGUUCAAGGUUUGCUACAAAAGAAUAUACCAUUGUGGCACAAUGGGCGUCUUGUCUACACUGAUAAGAGGCAUGACAAGAGGAGCGGAUAGAAUGUCGGAAUUCACCAGCAAGCGAGGUUCAAGGACUCACAAUAAAGGCAGAGGUGCAAGACCAGCUGGAGUGAUGCUCUCCAGCAGAAAGUUUCUGGCAAGACAGGCCAUGAUUCCUGAGUUUGUGGUACCCGCUCUGGACGGGUUUAAACUCAAACCCUAUGUAUCAUACCGCUGCCCAGCAGGAACUGAGCCUCCAGUGACUGCAGAGAGCCUGUUUGCUGAAGUGGUGGCUCCCCAGAUCAAGAAAGACUUUAAUGAAGGGAUUUUUGACAAAGAGAGACUGGAGAAAUAUGGAUAUGAAUCCACACAGGAGGGGAAGUUGUUUAAAUUGUAUCCCAAGAACUAUGUGCGUUAAAUGAACUUAACAUCUGUGAUAAAUCUAUUGGCAAGGGAAGACUUUUGAUGUGCACUGGCAACAGUGGCUGGAGAACCUUUGAAGUGACACCAUGUUGCAAGCUGGAUGUAAUAUUUUUAUAAUCGCUCUCUCUCUCCUAAUCAAGUACAAUAAAACUGAACUGAAC